AUGUAUAGUUCACGCAACAAUAAGAGAAACAUUGAUGAAAUGAACGGGCAGCUUGACCCUGAGUCAGACCGACCAGCUAAGCGCCUGCAUCAUGACCAUGUCAUGCAAGAGGAAGUUAUAAUGCAUAGCCCACCUAACAAUAAGAGAAAUAGGGAAGAAAUAGGCGGACAGGUCGAGCCUGAGUCAGACCGACCGGCUAAGCGCCUGCGUCAUGGCCAUAUCAUGCAAGAGGAAGUUAUAAUGCAUAGUCCCGUUAAUAAUAAGAGAAACAUGGAGGAGAUGAGUGAACAGCUUGAGUCUGAAUCAGACCGACCGGCUAAGCGCUUGGAUCAUGGACAAGGUGUUAUAUGGGCCGAUAACGUUGAUGGUCCACGCAGCAAUAAGAGAAACAUUGAUGAAAUGAACGGGCAGUUCGGGUUGGAGUCAGACCGACCAGCUAAGCGCUUGGACCAUGGCUACAAUACCAUGCCUGCUGCCAGCGAUCAUGAUAUCAUGCAAGAUGAAGCCCAACCGAACCAAGGUUUGGGGGGUGAGAUGACCGUCUACGCCAAUCGAGUUAGGGUCUAUCAUCGACUUUUGGAGAUGGAUAUCGACGAAACCCUAUGUAACGCGUUGAACGUAGUCUAUGCAAGCGAUAUCACAAUUUUGGCCACAGCCAUCCAUGACUCUCCGCAACACAUCCGUUUGUGGGCUUUACAGCAAUUUGAUGAGAAAUUCAGAAGAACUAUCAUCGACCUCAUGUCGGACAUUGAAAGGCAAAAGGAAAAUAACGACCCCAAGUCUGCUCUCCCUACCAUCAUGACAGACUCGUUGGUCCGUGAACGCGCUGUCGGGACCCGGACCUGUGUAGUAUGCGAAGAUGGAUUUUGCAGUGAAAGUAAGAAAAACCCGGUAGAUGUCGAACACGUCGUUUGGAAAGACUGCGGCGCUCAUUUAAUGCAUCUAGAGUGUUUUCGCCGACAAGUCUUGGAAGGCAAAAUGCCUCUCAAGGGCCUCUGCACAUGUAUCGAUAACGUUUGCUAGAUCCAACACACAACUUUCAAUUUCAAUGAGAGUAAAUAGUAGGAGAAUAGGCACGUAAGGAACAAAUCAUUCCAAAAACGUAUGUUUUAUGGAUUUUAAGGGAUUUGUAUCAUAUUCUUGAAUUAAACCUAGCUAGUUUCAUGU